UCCGAUUGCGUGCCGUGGUUAACAUGUGGUGAAACCAAGUUUUUGCCUUAAAACUUUUCGUGUAGCUAAAUUUGAUGGAUCAUCGUGAUUCGUGAUUAAUUUGGGAAAAUGUCUGCCGCAAUCAUAGUUCCGCUGAUCAUAUUCUUGCUGAUUCUUGUCUGGAUGUCUGUGUACACGUUUGACAGACGAUACAACCGAACGAGAAUCCUCACAACUCGUGCCGCCGCUACUUCCGCAAACACGGCCAUUGUUUACACGAUUCCCACCAACCCACCAACGUCCGAGCACGGCUCCGUCCCGAUUAUUCCACACCGAUCGCUGUUUGGUACCAGACCACAACCGUACAACACCACCAACGAUAUGCCACCCUCGUACGAAGAUGUUACCAAAACGAACACAACUGCAACAACUUGAAUUGUGGAUGAAACUGUAACAUUUUUAAUUUAUUAACUUAGGGUUAAUCGACGCCACACUAGUUUAAGGUUAAAGGCUGUGAUAUGUAUUUGAAUGAAUUCUGGUUGGGCUUCGUUUAAACAGGCGCCUCAAAUAUGUAAUAUGUUAACAUAAACAAAAAAA